AUGGCAUCAUCAGAAACACCCGAAGCGAUGGAGUUGGAGAGUCCUGAAGACAUUCGCCGCGAGAUCGACCAGAAGCUGGAAGAGGAUGGUAUGUCUCCAGACUGUACAGAUGAGGACAAACUUCUUCUGGUGUGGAAACUUUAUCAGCACACUGAGGCCACUCUGCAAACAGCCAUUGAAAAUGAAGAAAAGUUGAAACUCGCUCAGACAGCAGAAAUGCAAGAAGUUGAAAACUAUGUUGAACACAUUCGUCAUUUGUCUGAUGAAAGAGAGGCUUUAAUCCAGGAACUGGAGACGGAGAAUGACCAGCUGAAGACAGACAUUGCACAGCUGAGGCAUGACCAGAAUGUGGAAGCCGUACAAAAUGAAACAGCUGAAAUGCUUAUACAACAAGGCUUGGACGAUAUUGCAAUGGUUUCAACCAGUGAACAAAUUGCAUUUCUCCUUGUUGAGCGUGCCCGACUUCUUGAUGAGUUGGAAGCCGAGCAAAGCAGAACAUUAUCUCCCAUGGAGGCUAUUACGGAUGGUGAGGUUUCGGAAGAUGCUUUGAAACGAACUCUUGAAAAGGAACGAAAUGAACACGAGGAAGAACUCAUUCAAGCAAGGGAGAGCAUUCGUUCACUGAAGACAAAUUAUGAAGAAGAAAUUAAUGGACUUAUGGAUGAAAACAAUAAACUUGAGGAUGACCUAAUGCAGACAAAAGAAAAGUUGGUUGAAACUGAGAAAGAAAACACAGGGCUGAAGGAUGAAUUACACCAGAUGAAGUCAGACUCAGUGGAAUACUUUUCAGAUUCACGAGCAUCGACUCCUCGAGUGGGGCGUCCUCCAAGUCCAGCUCGCAUGCCUAAUGAUGUGGCUCUGCGGAACAUCAUUCAAGAAAAAACCAAGCUAGAAGGAGAACUCCUGACUCUGAAAUCUCAAAUCAGGACCUUGGAAACUGCCAGUGAAGAAAUGACUCAGAAAUUGAAGAGUGUUGAAGAGGAGCUGGCGAAAACCCAAAGCCUUUAUCAACAGCUACAGAUGAAAAACAGAAGUCUGAAAAGUGAGAUUGAGGAAGCAGAACAACAACUUGAUGAAGCUGAGGGUAAUAUCGAUGAGAUAACAGCGGAGAGGGAAAAAAUGAGGGAGAGUCUGAACUCCACGGAAAAUGAGAUGAAAACUCUCCGAGCGGAGCUCCAGGCAUCUGGCAGUUUAAAGGAAAUUGUGGACAUUUUGUCGUCAGAGAAAAAUCAACUAACAGAAGAACUUGGUACAUUGAAAAAAGAAUUUGACGAAGUUUGUGUGGAGAAGGAAGAGUUAUUUGAAGAGAAGUUGAUGAUGAGUAAGAGUGAAAUAGAACUCACCAAUCAGUUACAUACACUGAAAUUCGAACUAGGGAAAACUGCUGAUCAAAGUGAAUUUCAAAAACAAUCUGAAGAACUUUCACGGACAUUAGGAUUAUUAGAUAGUGCAACGACAGAAUUAGAAAGUUUGAAAAGUAACACGGAAGUUCUUACAAAGGAAAACAAAGAUUUACUUAAUCGACUGGAGAUGACGUAUAAGGAACUAGAGAAUCUCAAACGUGAAGGACAGGAAGUAGCGAAACAAGAUCCUAAUGUUAUUAUAUUGGCUCAUGUCAAGGACCAAAACCAAAAACUCUCUAAAGAAGUUAACUCGCUAAGUACUGAUUUAGAGCACAGCAAGAAAGUGGAAGGGGAUUUGAAUCAGAAGCUGAAUGAUUUACAACACCAGCAUGAUGAAGCCAAUGAUAGGUAUAACAAAGAAGUAGAAGAUUUGAAGUCAAAACUCCAGCUAACAUUUGCUGAGCUUGGCAAAUCAAAGACUCUACUAGAGGAACAAUACGAACAGAAUAGUGAACUACAGGAUCAACUACAGGAACUGGAGCGCACUCUGAACGAAACCUGUCAGACCAAGAGUGCCAUAGAGACAAAAGCCAAUGAAGCAAACAAUCUGGCACAGCAAAUCAAUGAACUGGAACAUCAGUUGUUGGAGAAGGGUACAUUCGAACAAAUGUUUGAAGAAAAAAGGGACGAAAUAUCUUUAUUAGAAAAAGAAUUAGACGAACUGGAAGGGCUGAAGUUUGAAUUGGAGGAUACGCGAGAACAACUAGAGAAGGAACGUAACGUACGUCUAAAGUUAGAAUCAACAAUUCAUGAGUUAGAGGAGGUUAUUGAGGAUCAGAAGAUGGAUAACGACAAUUUACAGCAAAGUCUCAACGCCAAGCUAAAAACUUAUGAAAAUCGUGUGAAGGCUUUACAAGAUGAUUUGUUUGCUGCCCAAGAUGAGAUUCAAACAAUGCAGGACACACAUGAAAAGGAAUUACAGAAGGUUAAGGCCACAACCAUUGACCUCCAGGAGAGAAUGCAAAUUGAGAAAGGUCAAAGUCUUCAGGCUGAGGUCAACAAUGCUAAUCAAAGGAUUGAUGCACAAAAACUAGAGAAUCUCGAACGACAAAUAGAAACCUUAAAAAUUCGCCUAGCAGAAUCUAACAACGAAUUAGAGCUUGUAACACGUGAGAAAAGUGCCAAAGAGCAUGAGAUCAAGGUGUUGAAUGAAUCUGUAAAACAGAAUGAAAUAGAUGGUCGAACAGUGAACACUCUCAAGAAGGAACUGACCACUGCCCAGAGAGAGUUAGAACACCUGCGACUGUCUACAAAGUACAAUGAAGACGAAAGGCAGAGACAUAUGGAUAAAAUACAUUCUCUGGAAGAUUUCUCCAAACAGCUGGAACUGGACAACAGGGAAACAGCCAGUAAGUUAUCGGAAUCAACGUCAAAAAUACAGAGGCUGGAAGAUCAGUUAAAGAGAGAUAAACAGCGCAAUUCAGAUAAGCAGUACCAGAGUAGUUUACAUGUGACACAGGUGGAAAAGGACCUCGAGGACAGCACCAAACAGAAUCGACAACUCCGCGAUGAUCUCCAGAAAAAACAGACCUACCUGAUGAGGCUGGAGGCAGAUGCUAUAGGAAAUGCUGCAAAGUAUGAAAGUACAAUAGCGAGGUUGGAGAGUGAAAUGGGAGACAUGAAAGCUUACCACAAGAAAGAGGUUGAGAGUACUCAAGACAGACUGGAUGCUGCCAAUAGGGAACUGGGCCAUCUUCGAGAACAGCUCCGGGAUAAGGAACAGGAGACUAACAACCAUUUACAGGAGGUUAGUCGUUCCAAAGGCGCAACAGAUCGCCUUGAGGCUCAACUCCAGACGGAAAUCAAGAUACGCACAGAUAUGGAAAACCGGAACACAGCUUUGGACCAGGAAGUUAGCAAGAUCCUGCGAUCUAGGAAUGUGUGGACACAGGUGAGAACGCUAAUGGAAAAGAAUUCGACUCUGGAAGCUAGCAAACGAAGUCUUGAGGAUGAACUUGAGCGGAAGAGGUCGACAACUCGUCAAUCGGAGACAUCUUUUGCUCAUUCGACAGCCUCUCAAGAAGUUGCCAUGAAAACAGUGUCUGCACGCGCUGACCUUGCAGACAAGCGGGUGUUUGUUCCAAAAGCACACACCUUCGUUGAUAAAGCAGAGAAACUGCAGCAAGAAUUCAACGAUGUGUCUUUUAAACUCCGCUCCGUAGAACAUCAAUUAUCACAGGCUGAAGAUCUCAAACACACACUCAUGGAUAAAAAAGAACAAAUUUCACAGCUUCGAAAUCAACUUGAAGCAGAAAAAUUACAACGGACACUUUUAGAUCAAACUGUUUCGGAAUUAAAACACCAAGUAUCACUUUUGAAACAAAGAGAGUCAAAAGUAUCCGAACAAAAUCGGGAACUCCAGCACACAAUUCUUGAUCUUGAGUCGAAAAUGGAGGACAUGGCUGAUCGCAAUCAGACCUCAUUGGAAAUGGAUUCAAAUGCUUACUUAGGCAACUCCUGGGAGUCCAAGCAACAACAUUUGACUGAUGUCGGUAAGCGGUCAUUGAUGGAUCAGAUCACACGGCUGCAGAAGGAGGUUAAAGACCUUCAGUAUGAGCUUCUAACAGUGAACGAAAGACGAGAAAUUCAAGAGAGGAAGUAUGAAGACCGUAAGAUGAAGACAAAACAGAAACUUAUGAGGGCAAGCUCGGUUUCCCCGGGUGAUCUCAUUCGUGUUUGUAUGAAGGAAUUUUACGCUAAAGAAAGAAACAGGAUGACAGAACAGAUGACUCGGAUGGAUGAAGAUUUAUCUCUGACGAGAUCAACACUCCGAAAGGAGCUUGACUGGAAAGAAAAAAUUGAUAAAAAUUACCAACAGUUACUCCAUGAAAAACGGGACCUUUUAUCACGGCUGGCAGAUCAGGACGAGACUUUGAGAGAGAAAGGCCGUUCAGUAUCCACAUUACAAGUCCGCGCCAAGUACCUGGAGGACGAGAAUUCACGGUUACUGGAUCGUAUCGAGCUUAUCAACCAGCAAAAGCUUGGAAUCGAUAAAGUUUUGAAAGAUUAUAAACUGGGACAAGACAGAGAGUUAACUCGUUCACUGGUCAUUUCACCGGACAGUCAGCAUCCUCACAGCUUGACUGGUGGUACCAGCGGUCUGGGAAACAGCGUGGACUCAAGCUGGGCCAAUGACUUUCGUGAUAAUAACAUUCUACCCUUCCGGACGCAAACCACCAAUGUUGAUACUUACCUGAACCGGAACUACUCCAGCGGUGCCGUGGAUUUGUACAGAGCCGAGACAGGAAGCGAAGAUUCAUACAGUCACGAAUUUGAUGCGUAG